GGAGAGAGAUCUUUAGGAAUCGAGUAUAUAAAUGAGAGUCAAAUAUUAUUCCCCCUUCUUCUUUUUUAACUCACGUAACUAAGACAUGGCUACUGCAGGAAAGGUGAUUAAAUGCAAGGCGGCCGUUGCCUGGGAGCCCAACAAACCGCUGGUGAUGGAAGAGAUUGAAGUGGCUCCACCUCAGAAGAAUGAAAUACGAAUCAAGGUGAUAGCUACAGGUGUAUGUCACUCAGACUUGUACCACCUGUUUGAGGGGAAGCACAAGGAGGGCUUCCCUGCUGUUCUGGGCCAUGAGGGAGCUGGUGUGGUGGAGAGCGUUGGACCUGGAGUCACUGAGUUCAAACCAGGUGAUAAGGUCAUCCCCCUUUUUGUCUCUCAGUGUAAGGAGUGCAGGUUCUGCAAGAGCCCUAAGACUAACCUGUGCGAGCAAAGCUGGUCCAGUGAUCGGUAUGCUCAGAUGUCAGACACUGACACUCGCUUCUCAUGUCGUGGUCAGCCAAUUCUGCAGUUCAUGGGCACCAGCACGUUCUCAGAGUACACCGUCAUGAACCAGAUUGCUGUGGCAAAGAUUCAUAAUGAUGCUCGACUUGACCGAGUUUGCCUGCUCGGCUGUGGCAUCUCUACUGGCUAUGGAGCUGCUAUCAACACCGCCAAGGUAGAGCCAGGAUCAGUGUGUGCAGUGUUCGGGAUGGGUGCAGUGGGUCUCGCUGGAGUCAUGGGCUGUAAGAGGGCUGGAGCCUCCAGGAUCAUUGCUGUGGACAUCAACGAGGAGAAGUUUGAGAAGGCCAAGAUCUUUGGUGCCACUGACUUUGUGAAUCCUAAAGCACACCAGAAACCAAUCAGUGAGGUCCUGAUUGAAAUGACCAACGGAGGAGUGGAUUACUCACUGGAGUGUGUGGGAAACGUGGCUGUUAUGAGAAGUGCACUGGAGUCGUGUGUUAAAGGCUGGGGUGUGAGUGUACUCGUUGGCUGGACACACCUUCAUGACUUUUCUGCUAAGCCAAUUCAGCUAAUUGCUGGAAAAACCUGGAAGGGAUCCUUGUUUGGAGGCUUUAAGGGUAAAGAUUCUGUCCCAGAUCUUGUCCUGGACUACAUGGCUGGUCGUAUAAAGCUGGACGAGUUUGUGACACACACCAUGAAUCUGGAGAAAAUCAAUGAUGCCAUUGAGCUGAUGAAGAAUGGAGGCUGCAUUCGUACCAUCAUCAAUGUGUCCAAAUGAGAAGUUUGUAACAAGACUACCGAACUUUGCUACAACUCAAAUGAUUUUUGAUAUGUUAAUCAUGUUAAUAGUUGCAGAUAAUUGCACUUCCACACAUUACUGCAUUAUAAACUUAUAAAAAAACAUAUCUAGUCAAUAGAGCUCAUCAUUAGAUUCUUCAGAUAUUAUGUAACUAUAUAUUCAGCUAUGGAACAGAUGCUAUUAUGUAAAAUGGAAGCAUGUGAUAUGAUUAAUAAAAAUUGCAACAGAAAA